CGCCCCACCAACGAGGGAAGUGGGGCGGGGCGGGGUGUCCAACGGCCGCCCCGGCUGAGGAGAGCGCGGCGAGGCUUUAUAACCGGCGAAGCACCGGCGGGCCGAAGGCUUACUGUGGCGGCGGUUGAAGCGGGAAGGCUCGGUGAAAGAAGAAUCAAAAAUGUCGGCACUAAACUGGAAGCCCUUUAUCUAUGGAGGUUUAGCAUCAAUCACUGCAGAAUGUGGUACUUUCCCCAUUGAUCUGACCAAAACACGUCUGCAGGUUCAAGGUCAAGUUAAUGAUGCCAAAUAUAAAGAGAUCCGUUACCGUGGAAUGAUGCAUGCACUAGUCAGAAUAUGCAGAGAAGAAGGAUUGAAAGCCUUAUACUCUGGGAUUGCACCUGCAAUGCUACGCCAAGCUUCAUAUGGAACUAUAAAAAUAGGCACUUACCAGAGCUUAAAGAGAAUGUUUGUUGAGCGUCCAGAAGAUGAAACCCUGAUGAUAAAUGUUCUAUGUGGCAUUCUUUCGGGAGUAAUCUCAUCAUCUAUUGCCAACCCUACAGAUGUCUUAAAGAUCAGAAUGCAAGCCCAAGGCAGCGUGAUUCAAGGAAGUAUGAUGGGCAACUUCAUACAAAUCUACCAAAAGGAAGGCACUAAAGGAUUAUGGAAGGGUGUAUCACUGACAGCACAGAGAGCUGCUAUUGUUGUUGGAGUGGAACUGCCAGUGUAUGACCUUACCAAGAAGCACAUAAUUAUGUCUGGAUUUAUGGGUGAUACAGUAUAUACUCAUUUCCUCUCAAGUUUUACUUGUGGGUUAGCUGGAGCCCUUGCAUCCAACCCGAUUGAUGUUGUGAGAACACGCAUGAUGAAUCAGAGAAGCCAAAAACAUGGGGGGCACUCAAACUACAAGGGAACUUUGGAUUGCUUGCUACAAACAUGGAAGAAUGAAGGCUUUUUUGCUCUAUAUAAAGGGUUUUGGCCAAACUGGUUAAGACUUGGUCCUUGGAAUAUCAUUUUCUUUCUGACGUAUGAACAGCUGAAGAAAUUAGACUUCUGAUGUGCUGAAGUGUAUACUGAAUUCUGUUAAUGUACUGUUUGAGCUUAGAGCAACUUGUUAAGUUAUCCUGAGUAUCUGCUCUUUAUCGUCGGAGACGCUGGCCGAAGGAAGAGGUCACUACAAGACUGUUGUGAGUGAGAACAGCCUGGAGGUGAUUUUGAGGCAAACUGGCUCCUGUAAGAAUGGCUUGCGCAUGUGAUUCAGUGGAUGAUGUGCACUAUUUUCUAGACUGAACCAAAUAUAGUGGAGUACCUUCUGUCAACUCUUUAAGUGUUCUUGAAUGUGAAGUUGUGUAACGCAACUUUACGCUGUUGAGACUCAGAUGGACAGUGUUUUGCAGGUGUAAGAGGCAAAGAACAAUCUUUCUCUAAAGGAAGAUAGGUAGUACCACGGAGCUGGGCUUUUCCUCUUUUCAGAAGUGUAUACAAUUAAACUGCAAUAGUUUAUAGCUUCCAAUUAACCGAAAGUGUCACAAGACAUCUUUGCAGGCCUUCAGUUGAGCAAAAUACCUGCUGCGAUACAAAAUCUGCUUCUGGUUUUAAAGAUUUCCUGUGUUCCAAGUCCUUAGGUUUCUGCAUAAUUUGCUGGGAGUAAUCCAGCUUCAUUUGAAAGUGUGGUUGCUGCAGUUGUCAGCUCUUGCAUAGCUUGAGGAAAGUUGUUGGUUUCCCCCUCCCUCCGUCUAUUGUUCUUGGUUUUCAGCAUAAGUGAUUCUUCAACGUACUCAUAUGCAAAUUGCAAUUAGGAAUGAAAUUCAAAUGAGUCCAUGCUCAUCUGCCUAUCUCGCAGAGAAACUUUUCACUCUUCUUCCGUUGUUGGGAAGAACUACUUGUAACAGUCACGGGCUGUUACGUAUCAUCUGAAAGACACAGGUUUUACAUUGGGCAGUUCAGGCUGCUCUGUGAAAAGAACCAAACGCCGCCAAAGAUAAGUUGUCUAUAAAAAUCGGAUUUCUUCUUAAAAAGACACCCAAACGUGGAACCACCGAGCACUUUCCUACAGCAAACAGGCUCGAGUGGCUGUUACAUGUUACACUUCAUAUAGAAAUCAACUGCAGCUUCCUUAAAGUGUGACUUUGGGGGUUUAAAAGCAGAUCAAAACUUCAGGGCCAUUAACUAAAGAUUAUGUCAAGGUUCUGACAAACGUUAAUUCCGAGAAAGGAGAGGUGGGAGAUGUGAGCCAUGCGGUGGCCCUUCUGUGUUUGCAGAGGGGUAGCAAAGCAGGCGGUGUAGCUUUGCGUUUUUGUGGCAUUGUGUGUUAAAUCUCUUCAACACUUUUGGUUAAUCAGACAUUCCACUUGAAGAAAUUUCCUUGCGAUUUCAAAAUUACUACAAUCACUUAAAAUCACUAAUUUUGAAUUCACAAAUGGAUUUUUUUUUUAAAUGCACAAGGCACUUUCUUUCCUAAGGCACAAAGUUUUUUCUAUGUAUAUGUGUAUGCUCAUGUGCAGAGUUUUUCCUUACAGCUGUUUCUAUGCUUUGAUAGAUGUAUUUGUAAAUAUUUUUGUACACGGUGUAAACUAAGUGUAUGUUUUACAUUUUUAAGCUUAUUAAACAUUUUCAAAUCACCAUGU